AUGAACGCCUCGAACCCGCCUAUAUUGGGCGAACCCACGGAAUGGCGUGCAAUGGGAUUUGUUUUUCCUCCUGUACCAUUAGAGGAACCAUUAUUCGCACCUGUAUUGCUACCAGGACCUCCUGUUAAAGGAGAUAGAGUGAAUGCGAGCUGGAUAAGAUCCCCGUCGGAAUUGAUACAACUUUUGCGCAUUAGGGAUAGAAAAAACGCGGAUGACGGUCCCCUUUAUAUCGAUGACAAAUUCUUUGUAUCAGAAUUAAUUAUCAUAAAAAGACAUGUUUGGGAAAAUCGAAAUACCUUAUCGCUGGCUGUUGCCAACAACGUUCCCUCAGAAUUUAUAGCAACAUAA